AGGUGGGAUAGUAACAUCUUUUGGGAAGAGAGAAUUGGCUUCCUUUCUGGAAAGUGGCAAGUAUACAACAGAUAACUGAACAGGAAGAACCGCAUUCAGAUGGCUGGCUUUCUACAUUUUGUACUAGGAAACCCAAUCUAUUCUAAGAGUAUAUGUUGAUCUUGGAAGUAGAAGGACUGAAAGAAAUCAAGGUUCCAGAGACAAUAAGAACUUGACUAUCCAAAGACCAAAGGACAAUGGAUAUCAUAGAGACAGCAAAACUUGAAGAACAUAUGGAAAAUCAGACCACCGAUGCUGCAAACACUUACACAAGACCAGCUGAACCCGCUGAGGAGGAAAACAAAAAUAGCAAUGGGAAGCCUAAGAGUCUGUCCAAUGGCCUGCGAAAGGGUACCAAGAAGUACCCAGACUAUAUCCAAAUUGCAAUGCCCACUGAGUCGAGGAACAAAUUUCCCCUGGAGUGGUGGAAAACAGGCAUUGCCUUUGUGUAUGCUCUCUUCAACCUGGUCUUGACGACUGUCAUGAUCACAGUUGUCCAUGAGAGAGUCCCUCCCAAGGAGCAGAGCCCUCCACUCCCAGACAAGUUUUUUGACUACAUCGAUCGGGUGAAAUGGGCAUUUUCUGUAUCAGAAAUAAAUGGGAUUAUAUUAGUUGGAUUGUGGAUCACCCAGUGGCUGUUCUUGAGAUACAAGUCAAUUGUGGGGCGCAGAUUCUUUUUUAUCAUGGGAACUUUAUACCUGUAUCGCUGCAUUACGAUGUAUGUUACUACUCUCCCAGUGCCUGGGAUGCAUUUUCAAUGUGCUCCAAAGCUUAAUGGAAACUCUCAGGCAAAAGUAGAGCGGAUCCUACGGCUCAUUUCUGGUGGUGGAUUGUCCAUAACUGGAUCACAUAUCUUAUGUGGAGACUUCCUCUUCAGCGGCCACACUGUUGUGCUGACCCUUACUUAUUUGUUCAUCAAAGAAUAUUCACCUCGUCAUUUCUGGUGGUAUCAUUUAAUCUGCUGGCUGCUGAGUGCUGCUGGGAUCGUCUGCAUUCUUGUAGCACAUGAACACUAUACUGUCGAUGUGAUCAUUGCUUAUUAUAUCACAACACGGCUGUUCUGGUGGUACCAUUCAAUGGCCAAUGAAAAGAACUUGAAGGUCUCUUCACAGACUAAUUUCUUAUCUCGAGCAUGGUGGUUCCCCAUCUUUUAUUUUUUUGAGAAAAACGUGCAAGGCUCAAUUCCUUGCUGCUUCUCCUGGCCACUCUCCUGGCCUCCGGGCUGCUUCAAAUCAUCCUGCAAAAAGUAUUCACGGGUACAGAAGAUCGGAGAAGAUAAUGAGAAAUCUACCUGAGGAGCCAAAACCAAGGGCACCCGCUCUUAAACCAAAAGAGUUAACGCUGUAACCAAAGGUAUAGUUUUGUUUUUAAUUUUAGGAGAAUUGACUGGCAGAUGAAGCAGUGGACCAAAUUGUGUAUAAAUGAUCAGAGAGAUGAAUGAAGUAUUAUCCCUUGACUCAUUUUUUUAUUCAUCCUGAGAAAAAGAAUUUUCUUGCAACUCUUCAUUCGUUGGUGACAAGCUCCACGCUGGGAUUUUACUAAUGAACUUAUAAAGGAGGUGCCAAAGAACAUUUCACUCCUUUCCUCAUUCUUUCUCCAUGUAAAGCCCUCUAUUCCUGAAUGUUGGAGUUUGGGGGUUAUUUUUUCCUCCCAAGGUCAGAAGAAUUUGUUAAUGUUUUAAAUAAAAUAUCUGAAUAUAUACA